AUGUCUGCUCCCCUCCGCAUUGUUAUGGCUUGUGACGAAGCCGGUGUCCCCUACAAGGAUGCUAUCAGAGCCACUCUUGAGAAGAACCCUCUCGUCGCCGAGAUCAUUGACGUCGGGGUCAACUCAACCUCUGAUAAGACUGCUUAUCCUCACCCUGCUGUCGAGGGUGCUAAGCUCAUCAAGGAUGGCAAGGCAGACCGUGGCCUCUUCAUUUGCGGCACUGGUCUCGGUGUGGCCAUUGCCGCCAACAAGGUGCCUGGUAUCCGUGCCGUGACUGCCCACGAUCCCUUCUCCGUGGAGCGCUCCAUCCUGAGCAAUGAUGCCCAAGUCCUGUGCAUGGGCCAGCGUGUCAUCGGUGUCGAAUUGGCCAAAAAGCUUGCCACUGACUGGCUCAACUACCGCUUCGAUCCCAAGAGUGCCUCCGCUGCAAAGAUCCAGGCCAUUUCCGACUAUGAGACUCAGUUCCGCACUUCUGCAUAG